AUGGCCUCCGGCACGGUUCUGGCGGCUAUCAUCCGCGCCCUGCGCCCCGCCUUCCGUGAUAGGCACGACCGGGUCGUCUUCGCGGCGCACGCCUUCUUCCUGUCCCAGGGCUACACCGUCGUGGCCGUGGGCCCGUCCGUGGACGGCUCCUCUCCCCCCCCUACGGCUGCGCCGGAAGCGCCCCUGGACGGCUGGAACGGCCAGCCCGACUGGUACGCCUUCCAGUACGUCGACCCGUCGGGCGCCAAGCCGCCGCUGCUGCUCAAGUGCCUGCGGCUGGGCGGGCAAUUGUUGAUGAAUGCCGUCGUCGUUGCCGAUCAAUUCGGCGGGCACGAGGCGCCGCGGAUCCUGGAACUGGACGCGGGGGAGUGGGGGAGCGACGGCGGCGACGUGGUGGGGGGUUUCAGGGAUUUGGACGGGCUGGCGGCCAGGCUGACAUCGGCCCUGGGCGAGGGCCCGAAGGGGGCUUUCGCGUCGGCGUCCAACCGCGAGGGCGAGGGCCCCCGGACUUGGCACGAGGGGUUCGAUCCCCGCGAGGGGAUGCCGCCCCCUCCCGGGGAACUGCCUGUAGACCCACGGGCGCAUCCUGGAGGCAUGGAUGCGGAGUAUGAUCGCAUGGGCGGGGAGUAUGAUCGCAUGAGCUGGGGGAAUGAUCGGAGGGGGGGAAUGGUGGACGGGAGGAUGGCCGAGGGCGGGUUUGGAUACCCGCAGGGGAGGCUGGAAGGGGGCAGCCGGGCGGGGUCGGCGUUUGAGGGUGGCGCUCCGGCCGGCGCCGGGGGGUAUGUGGGAGGGGAGGGGCUGCUGGGAUGUGGCGGGCAGCAGGGGGCGGGGCAGCAGAGGGGAAAUUCGAGCAUGCCGCCCGCUGGCCGUGGGGGCGGCUAUGGCGGCGUGUACGGGUGA